ACCCGAUGUACCCGAUACCGUGUGACGUCCAGAGGGUACGAAAUGCGACCACCAUUCUUUAUCCGCCUUGGGUUUUGUGUUUUGUCGUUUCUCGUUUGUCCUGUCUGUUGUGAUUUUGAAAAUUUCAAAUAUCUAGCAAUGGUCCACUACUCUUAUCUAGAACAUUCAGAAAAGUAGGUGUGUUAAUCGAAGGAGAUUAAUCAAAUUGUCAAAUCUUGCACUAAGAUGGCUGACCAGUGUGCUGGAAUAACAUCCUCAGGCGUUGGGUCACAAACCACAGCUACUGGAUCAUCUUCUGCCCAAUGUGCCACAGCAUCAAGUGCAGAAGUUAGCAGUCCUCAAACAACCGCAACCACUGAUAUACCCUCUACUCAAUGUGCCACAACAUCAAGUACAGCUGCCAACAGCCCUCAGACAACCACAACCACUGAUAUACCCUCUGCUCAAUGUGCUGCAACAUCAAGUACAGCGGUCAACAGCCCUCGAACAACCACAGACGCAUCCUCUGCCCAGUCUGCUGGAGCAUCUAGUAAUGUCUCUGACCGUGAUUGUGCGGUUUGUCUGGAGACAAUGAUUCAGCCAACUGAGUUACCGUGUAAACAUGUCUUCUGUUUCUUGUGCGUGAAAGGAAUCGCCCAAAAAACCAGAUGCUGUGCGCUCUGCAGGAGAGAAAUUCCUUUAAAUUAUUUUGAUAGUCCUCAUCUCUUAAGUGACCCUGAUUCUGAGAAAGUGAAGGGGAAAACAUGCUCUGAUGAUGAGGAUAGACCACUCUGGUAUUACAAAGGGAGAAGUGGUUGGUGGCAGUAUGAUGAUCGCACCAGACUAGAACUCGAAAACGCUUAUUCAAAAAAAGAACAGUUUUGUGAAGUUUUAAUAGCAGGAUACCUGUAUGUUAUCGACUUCGGAUGCAUGACUCAGUACCGGAAAGAUGACCCAAUUCGCCGAAGAUCGGUUAAAAGAGAGACACAGCCAAUCAAAGUCAAAGGUGUUGCCGGAGUUCCUUUACCAAACCAAAGUGAUAAGACAUCCAAUUCAUCUGGAUGUCCUCAGCCAAAUGCAAGCGCCAGUCACACAGGUCGCGCAAUGCACCAUUCUGAUGCAGAUAACCCUGGACCAUCUUGUUCUAUUCUACUUCUGGACUUUAGACCAUCACAUGCUGGACCUUCAGCAAGCAGCAGAUCACAAUCAAAGAAGAAGGAUUCUCAAGGAGGGUGUGCAACGGUAGGAGAAGUUAUAAUCCUAACCAGUGAUAGUGAGGAGAGUGAUUCUGAUGAUUCCUUGGAAAUGAGUGAUGAUGAUCUCAGUGAACUUGAUGACGACGACAUAGGAGGAGAUUAUUAUGAUGAUGACAUGGAGGAUGAUGAUGAUGACGGUGUAGACUUAGAAGAUGGAGAAAGUAGUAGUGAAGAUGAUCCUGAUGUUGUUUGGAAUCUUCACUUUUAUGGUGGUCCACAAGGUGUGAGAAAACGGAAAGCACCUGCCGCAAGUGCAUCUUCAUCCACGAAAAAAAAUCAAAGCAGCAUAGAUUACAAAACAGCAUUGAGACUGAUGAAAGCUGAACACACCCAUCUAAGAGAGUCUAUCAAAUUGAAACACACACGAGCGCUCAUGGAGAAGAAAAAACCUAAAGACGUACAGUUAUUGAAAAAACAAAACUCCCUUACAUUGGAGAAACUAAAGAGAAAACACUUAAAAGAAUUGAUGAAAUUGAAAAUGCAGUACAAAAUGCGAAACCAGAAAAAAUGAAAAAAUUACUAAAGAUGUCAGUGGAGGAUUAUGUGCAGUAAAUUGUCAGAUUCUCAACCAUUCAGUUUUUAUAGGCUUCAAAAGCCCCUCUACCUCAAGAUUUCCAGACGAGUAAUUUUCUAGAUUGUCCUACCUUUAAGGAAUUUCCUUGGCGUUAUUUUUUUCAAAUUUUUCUAUAGUAUCAUGAAUUUUUUCCGGGCCUCUCUUUCCGGAAAAUGUAUCUAUCUGGUUCAGACCGUAUGAUUUUUGCCA